CGAAAUUGAUUUUUUUUUUCGGCCUUCACAAAAAUCCUGUGUUGAGCGACUGGAGCGAGAGAAAUUCUUCUUGAAAGGACCCCACGUCGCCCGCCCGCCCUCCUUCACAUAUCUUUCUCCUCCGCGCAAACCUCCCAACCUUCAAUCCUCCCCCCUCCCCCAUUCACACAGGCCGUUUUUUUGUCUUUGUGCAUAUCAAAUCUCUCAAAAUGGCGGACGAGGUCUACGAUGGUGCCAUUGGCAUUGACUUGGGAACUACCUACUCUUGCGUUGCCACGUACGAGGGUACCAAUGUCGAAAUCAUUGCCAACGAGCAGGGUUCGUUCACCACGCCCUCUUUCGUCUCCUUCACCGACAAGGAGCGUCUGAUCGGUGAGGCCGCCAAGAACCAGGCUGCCAUGAACCCCGUCAACACCGUCUUCGAUGUCAAGCGUCUCAUCGGUCGCCGCUUCGAUGACCCCACCGUCAAGAAGGACAUCGAGUCCUGGCCCUUCAAGGUCGUCGACGAGGGUGGCAACCCCAAGGUCCAGGUCGAGUACCUCAACGAGACCAAGACCUUCUCCCCCCAGGAGGUUUCCUCCAUGGUCCUCCUCAAGAUGAAGGAGAUUGCCGAGGUCAAGCUUGGCAAGAAGGUCGAGAAGGCCGUCAUCACCGUCCCUGCCUACUUCAACGACAACCAGCGUCAGGCCACCAAGGACGCCGGUGCCAUCGCCGGUCUUAACGUCCUCCGUAUCAUCAACGAGCCCACCGCUGCCGCCAUUGCCUACGGUCUUGGUGCCGGCAAGUCUGGCAAGGAGCGCAACGUUCUCAUCUACGACUUGGGUGGUGGUACUUUCGAUGUCUCCCUCCUUAACAUCCAGGGCGGUGUCUUCACCGUCAAGGCCACCGCUGGUGACACCCACUUGGGUGGUCAGGAUUUCGAUACCAACCUUCUUGACCACUGCAAGAAGGACUUCCAGCGCAAGACCAAGAAGGACCUCUCUGGCGACCCCCGUGCCCUCCGUCGUCUCCGCACUGCUUGCGAGCGUGCCAAGCGUACCCUUUCCAGCGGUGCCCAGACCACCAUUGAGAUCGACUCUCUCUUCGAUGGCGAGGACUACACCACCCAGAUCACUCGUGCUCGUUUCGAGGACCUGAACGCCAAGGCUUUCAACGGUACCCUCGAGCCCGUUGCCCAGGUUCUCAAGGAUGCCUCCAUGGAGAAGUCCGGCGUUGACGAGAUCGUCCUCGUUGGUGGCUCCACCCGUAUCCCCCGCAUUCAGAAGCUUCUGUCCGAGUUCUUCGACGGCAAGAAGCUCGAGAAGAGCAUCAACCCCGAUGAGGCCGUCGCCUACGGUGCCGCCGUCCAGGCCGGUAUCCUCUCCGGAAAGGCCACCUCCGCCGAGACCGCCGACCUUCUCCUGCUCGACGUCUGCCCCCUGUCCCUUGGUGUCGCCAUGGAGGGUAACAUCUUCGCUCCCGUCGUCACUCGCGGGCAAAACGUACCUUGUCUCAAGAAGGACUUCACCACUGUUGCCGACAACCAGCAGACCGUUCAGUUCCCCGUCUACCAGGGUGAGCGUGUCAACUGCGAGGACAACACCUCCCUGGGUGAAUUCACUCUUGCUCCCAUUCCUCCCAUGAGAGCCGGUGAGGCCGUCCUUGAGGUCGUCUUCGAGGUCGAUGUCAACGGUAUCCUCAAGGUCACCGCCACCGAGAAGACCUCCGGACGCAGCGCCAACAUCACCAUCUCCAACUCUGUCGGCAAGCUCUCUUCCUCCGAGAUUGAGAACAUGAUCAACGACGCCGAGAAGUUCAAGACCAACGAUGAGGCUUUCAGCAAGCGCUUCGAGGCCAAGCAGCAGCUUGAGUCCUACAUUGGCCGUGUUGAGGAGAUCAUCUCCGACCCCACGCUGUCCCUCAAGCUCAAGCGUGGCCAGAAGGACAAGAUCGAGCAGCAGGUCUCCGAGGCCAUGGCUGCCCUCGAGAUCACCGACAGCGGUGCCGACGAGCUGAAGAAGCAGGAGCUCGCUCUCAAGCGUCUCGUGACCAAGGCUAUGUCCUCCCGAUAAAUGCUUCAAAACAUGAGAGAAAGAUCUCUAGUGUUUUGUUCGCGCGGAGGAUGUUUACGGCUUUGAUGAGGCCGCUUCAAUGCGGUGUAUCUGGUUCAACUUUCUUGCGUUUGGGUGGCCGAGCAGAUUACGGCCAGGCAGGAUGCGAAUAAUUUGGGUCAGGUGAUAUCAAAAGGCACU